UGUGGUAAUGAGACUAUUUUGUAAACAUAAGGGGAACAAUUAGUUUUAAUUAAACAAUUAAGGCUCUAAAGCAUUCUCAACAAGUUGAAUGGUGUAAAUAUGGAUUUUGAAUGGAGUAUAUGGUGUCGAUUUUGUGCGAAAGCUGAUAUUAAAAAUAUCAACAUAUUUUCAGCUGAAGCAACGGAGAGCAAUAAAACUAAUCUGAUUUCGGUAAUUCAUAAAUUGUUUAAUAUUAAGUUCAACCACAAAGAAAAGAUGCCUCAAGUCGUGUGUGCUGAAUGCCUACUAGUGCUAACAUCUUUGGAAAAAUUUGCUGCCCGUGUAUGUAAGAUACAAAAAAUGUAUAAGGAAAUUCUGCAAUCAGAAGAAGGCACUGCGAUAGACCUAAAGCUUUUAUUUGAAAAGUAUGAAGUAGAUCAAGAUGUUUCACAAUUGGUUAGCAAAUUAAGCACAAUAAAUAAUUUACCCUACGCGCCGUCAAAUGCAAAUUCUAGUCCUUGUAAUUCAGCACCAAUCAUAACCACGCAAGCAUCAGCAUUCUCAGAUUUAAUAGUUUAUGAGUCGCACACCGAUGUUUUAGAUAGCACCAAUAAUACAAAUAAUGACUGUAAAGAUCCAUUAGAUGAAAUUUGCGAAUGCGAAAGUAGUGGGUCAUCAAAUAGCUUUUCUACCUUAGAGGAUGUUUUUGCUGCUGCAAAAAAGUCGGAUGAAAAAUCUAUAGAAAACACUGGCGAUAAAAAAAUUACAAAAUUGGAAGGUUUGAGCAGUGAAAAUACACCCGAAAAUAAUUUGAUUUUUCCCGUGAAGGAAACCCGAAUUGAAUGUAAUUACAUUUGUAAGCAUUGCCCAAAACGAUUUCAACGCUUCAGUAGCUUUAGAUUACAUGUAAAGAAAAAGCAUGGGCUCAUUAUACCACUAGAGGAGAAUACAGCGUUUCCAUGUCCUAACUGUGAUUUAAUGUUUCACAGAAAAGGCUUAAUGACGCAACAUCUAAAAUCUGUGCAUGCUGAUAAGACAGCAUUUAUAUGCGAGAAGUGCGGAGAAAUUAUGGGCAGUAAGGACACAUUACGUGACCAUAUGCAUACACAUUCAAAUUAUGCUCCUUUCAAGUGUAAAGUGUGUGGUAAAUGUUUUAAACAGAAAACUCGCCUAAUGAAACACAUGGAUAUACAUGGAGCGAAGCAUAUUUGUGUUGAGUGUGGUUUACAAUUGAGCUCCCGUGCUACACUUUAUUCUCAUUCAUUUGUUCAUUCUGAUUUGAUGCCACAUAAGUGUGACUAUUGUGGACGUGCCUUUAAACGUUCAAAAACAUUGAAAAAUCAUCUUAUUCUACACACUGGUCUGAAACCAUAUUCCUGCGAUUUUUGUGAUAAGACCUUUUCAAAUGGAACUAGUUGUCGUACACACAAAAAACAUGUACAUCCGUUAGAAUUUGCUGCUCAGGAGGCUUCCGGCGAAAAACCCGUUAAAGCGAAAAAUAUACCUACGUUGUCUGUCCUAAAAGCGGUUACCCGAACAGCUAAGAACCUUACACCUGUAGCGCCGAAACAGAGUGGAAAUUUUUCUUUAGGCAAGAGACCCAAGUUAGAUCAAAAGCACAUAGAUAAAAGUAAAGGAGUUAUUUCAAAGGAGAUGACUACAGUCUAACAAAAAAGUGCAAUUCAAUACAAAUCUAUAAGAUACUAUUAACUGAUUUUAUUAGCAAAAAUUUUAAUUAUAUAUGCAUGAAUGUACGUAUAAGAAUUUAAUAAUAAUA